GGCACCCACUCUCCAAUAAGCCCCCACCCAAAAAUUGUUUGUUGUAAAAAGCCUCCAGAGGCUUAAUUGAGGACUUAGGGUAACCGCACUUUUCCUUUGUAGAUAUCAGUUUCAUGGAAAUACCUUGUGCCACUGUGCUUCGGUGUUCAUUGUGUACUUGUAUGAUACUUUUCUGAUACUGACUGAAAUGUCAAGAAAGAUAAUCUUUAAAGUUUUGUCAAAUUGAAAUUAUUUCUGUAAAAUCACAGCAAGUCAUAUAUCUUGUUUUUAUGUUCAGGUGCUGGCAGGGUCUUCUUGCAUAUGGCUGCCACAAUUUUGUUGUUGUCUUAGACCCUAAAACUGUACAGGUUAUACAGACGUUCCACCAUUACACUUCAGCUAUAGUUAAGGUGAGAUGGGCUCAUGAUAAUAAUAACCAUGACCUUAAUACACCAUACAAUAUGAAACUGGCUGCUGCCGAUCAAGCAGGGCAUGUCAUGGUAUGGGAUGUAGGUAAUGGAAAGUUGCUGCAAGAGUUCUCAGAACCAGGAAAGCCUGUCCACGAAAUGCAUUGGCUUAAAAACAUUGACGCUCCAAACAGCCUACUUCUGGUCCUUCAUGCUCCUGGACAGCUUGUGCUCUUUAAUACAGAGACUAACGUACGAUUAUGGAGAAAGGCCUUCAGUGAGCCUCUUGUCUCUUUUGCACUUGAUCCCUUUGACCCCCAAAGCAUGGCUCGUAAGUAUGCAUUUUCUAUCUUUGUGUCGCUGGUCGUUCUACUUAUAUCGAUAAGAAAUUUAAUGAAAUGUUUUUCUAGAUUAAUCUAUGCUAGUUUUUUACUGUACACCUUCCAGUCCCAUGUCAAGUGCUGGGAACUGGGGAACACAGACGAUACAUGCAAAGUCCUGCUCCAUCCCCUCCUAUUACUGGUAGCUCUUGCCUUUGGACGCCUUCACAGUGUCAACACUCCCAAGGCGCCACAAUCUUUCUUUUAAUUUCUACCCGUUUAUUUCACUGAUCUAUAAAAAAGACUGGAUCAAGCUUCCUAUUGUCUUGAAACACCAAAGUUUGAAGCCCACUAAAUUUCAAAAGGAAGAGGGCCCUCAAACAAUAGCGAGAAGCCAUUACUCAAAACCAAUACUUCAACGAUAUGGAUACGCGAGAGCUGCAAUGCUUUGUGUAUGAUUGCUGAAAAAGAACAAGGCCAAAGCAGCUGAAAACAUUGCAAGGGGUGACAGAGAAGGCCGUCUCCUCGCAUGGGCUGUUCUGGGGCCCUCUUCUCGGAUGGGGACACUCUG